AUGGAAUGUAAGAAUCAAACUUCAUUGAAUGAGUUUGUCCUUGUUGGCUUUCCAUAUCCCGAUAGUCUGAAGGUAUAUUUAUUUAUCUUCUUCCUGCUCAUCUAUUUAAUGACACUCUUUGGCAAUCUUCUGAUCCUGUUAGUUGUUCUGUCUAGUCCCCAUCUCCACAAGCCCAUGUACUGGUUCCUUUGCCAUUUGUCCUUUCUAGACAUGACAGUCUCCACCGUGAUUGUUCCCAAGGUCAUCGUUGGAUUUUUAGAAGAUGGGGUGGUCAUAUCCUUUGGAGGUUGUGUAUGUCAACUCUUCUUCUUCCAUUUUUUGGGUUGCACAGAAUGCUUCCUUUAUACAUUGAUGGCCUAUGAUCGUUUUCUGGCUAUUUGCAAACCACUCCAUUAUGGCAACCUCAUGAAUCACAGGACAUGUCUCUUCCUGGCCAUGGGCACCUGGGUUGGAGGAUGUCUUCACUCCAUAAUGGAGACAGCCCUUGUUUUUCGCUUGCCCUUUGGUCGAGAAAACCAGGUCAACUAUAUCUUCUGUGAUAUCCCUGCUGUGUUGAAGCUGGUCUCUGCUGACACAACACUCAAUGAGAUGGUAACCAUGGUGGAUGUCGGUCUUGUGGCCACCACAUGCUUCCUUCUGAUUUUGACUUCCUACAUGUACAUUGUCUCCACCAUCCUGAAGAUUCGCAGUGCUCAAGGUCGUAAACGGGCUUUCUCUACCUGUACUGCUCAUUUAACUGUGGUGGUGACUUACUAUGUGCCCCUUGUUUUCAUCUAUCUUAGACCAGGAUCUCAGGAUUCACUGGAUGGAGUGGUGGCUGUCUUCUACACCUCACUGACUCCACUUUUGAAUCCUAUUAUCUAUACACUGAGGAACAAGGACAUAAAAGUUUCCCUUACGGAGGUAUUUGCACACAGAAAGAAGACACUGAUUGAAGAUGUUCAUACUCAUGGUUUUGCUGUUAAUAGUAAACCCUCAAUAGUGUGCAAGAAUCCUAGCCUUCAAUGUGGCCAUGAGGAGCCUCUUCCUAAUCGUCACACGUAUCAUCAGCUUGGAGACAUCAACAUUGCUGGCAUUAUUUCUGUAUUGUUUACAUUUUCUAUUUCCACUGAUUUCAAUCAACAUCCUUCUCGGGCACUUCAGGAUAGAUUUAUGGUAUUUUUUCAGAAUUACCAGCAUGUCCUGGCCUUAGUGUUUGCUCUAAAAGAGAUCAAUGAAAAUUGCCAGAUCCUUCCCAAUAUCAUGCUGGGCUUCCAUAUUUUUAACAGCCAUUUAAGUCCAAGCAGGAUUUACUUUGCUUCAAUGAUGAUGCCUUUCACUCAUGGAAAAUUCAUCCCUAACUACAAGUGUGAGAUCCCAAAACCUUUGGCUGCAGUGAUUGGGGGACCUGAUAUCUCUCUUCACAUGUACUGUGCAUCUACAACGUUCCUCAGGAUUACUAUAGCAGCAUAA